AUGGCACCAAGACGAUUCUCGACUGAACCUGCAGACGCAAGCCCUUUGGGCCAGCCUCUGAAAUUCGAGUUCAGCGGUAAAACCGCCAAGAACCGAUUUAUGAAGGCGGCAAUGACAGAACGACUCUCAACAUGGGAUCCUAAAGCCCUUGAGAAGCGAGGCGUUCCUACACCAGAACUUAUCAACGUCUACCGACGAUGGGGCGAGGGAGAUUUCGGUGUUAUCCUGACUGGAAAUGUCAUGAUUGAGUAUGACCAGCUCGAGGCUGCUGGAAACCCCAUCGUGCCACGAGAUGCACCCGCGUCUGGUGAGCGGUUUGAAGCAUUUAAGGAACUUGCAGCUGUUAGCAAGAAGCAUGGAAGCUUGAUUAUUGCGCAGGUCAGCCAUCCUGGACGCCAGGUCGCUGAUAACAUUCAAAAGAGCCCUAUUUCUCCUAGUGAUGUGCAACUUGAGGGUGAGGUGAUGGGCAUGCACUUUGCCAAGCCAAAGCCCAUGGAUGAGCAAGACUUCAAGAAUGUUAUUGAGGGUUUUGCUCAUGCUGCCGAGUUCCUUCACAAGGCUGGUUAUGACGGUAUUCAAUUGCAUGGUGCACAUGGUUAUCUUUUGGCCCAAUUCCUUUCACCCACAACAAACAAGAGAACAGACAAGUACGGCGGUUCAAUCGAGAACCGAUCUCGCAUCAUCUUCGAGAUCGCUGAUGCCAUCCGUGCGCGUGUUCCCUACAAGUCAUUUAGCCUGUCCAUCAAGGUCAACAGCGUUGAGUUCCAAGAAGGCGGUUUCUCCACCGAUGACUGUAAGGUCCUUUGCAAGCAACUCGAACAGCAUGGCUUCGAUUUCGUCGAGCUUUCUGGUGGAACUUACCAGAGCCUUGCCUUCUCCCACCGACGAGAGAGUUCGAAGAAGCGAGAGGCUUUCUUCCUCGAAUUUGCAGAGAAGAUUAUCCCUGAGCUUACCAAGACCAAGGCUUACGUCACUGGUGGCUUAAGAACAGUCAAGGCGAUGAAUGAGGCUCUCAAGACGGUUCAUGGUAUUGGUUUGGCACGACCCGUUACUAAUGAGUUUGACUUGCCUGCCAAGAUUCUCAAGGGCGAGGCUACCAGCGCAAUCGACACUUUGCUUGACGAGCAGAACUUUGGUAUCACCAAUGUUGCUGCUGGCACACAAAUUCGACUAGUCGGUAAGGACAAGCACCCUCUUGACUUGAGCCGAGAGGAUCACAAGAGAAUCUUUGAAGAAUCUAUGCAGAAGUGGGGUGAGGGUAUGGCGCAUAAUGAUGAUCAGUCUAAGUACGGAUAUGUUGAUAUUGACGGAGCCAAGUUGGAGCCAUUUGGCCAAGCUUAUGCCGCAGCGUAA